AUGAAAGCUCCACUAGCUAUCCUCGGCGUCUCCAUCGCCUCCUUCUACUCUCACAAGAUGUACAAAAACCAACAAGGUCAACGUUCUAAAACAUCGCUCUCUGAGAAACAGCUUCACGAGCCACAAGUUCCUCAAAAAUCAAAUAAAUCGGAGCAUCCAUGGUGGAAUCCUCCUGUUCGCCAUGAAGCCAAAUACGCCGAGUUGAUUCACGUUCCCUGGAUUCGCUGA